UUAUAAAGGUGCUGAUUAACUGAGCUCCAAGCACCAGUUGCGUCUCGCAUCAAGCAGCACACAUCAUGAGCAGCGGCAGACACUUGGCAAAAGGCUCUGGGACGCCCGAUGUGCCCGAGGAUGGCAUCUUAAGGCUCUACUCCAUGCGCUUCUGCCCCUUUGCCCAGCGCGUGCAUCUGGUGCUAGAUGCCAAACAGAUACCCUAUCACAGCAUUUAUAUAAAUCUCACAGAGAAGCCAGACUGGCUGUUCGAAAAGAAUCCCGAGGGCAAAGUCCCAGCGCUGGAGCUAGUGCGCGAGCCAGGUCCGCCAGUCCUUACCGAGUCGUUGCUGAUAUGCGAGUACCUGGACGAGCAGUACCCACUGCGUCCGCUAUACCCACGUGAUCCGCUGAAAAAGGUGCAGGAGAAGCUGCUCAUCGAACGCUUUGGUCCCGUUCUUGGCGCCUUCUUUAAGGCCUCCGAUGGCGGCGACCUGGAACCCUUCUGGAGUGGGCUUGAUAUAUACGAGCGAGAGCUGAGCAGGCGUGGCACGCUCUUCUUUGGCGGCGAACAGACGGGCAUAUUGGAUUACAUGAUUUGGCCCUGGUGUGAGCGGCUGGAGCUGCUGCAGCUACAGCGCGGUGACGACUACAACUAUGACGAAAAACGUUUCCCAAAGCUGACGGAGUGGCGAGAGCGUAUGAAACGUGAUCCUGCUGUGAUGGCCUUCUAUAUGGAAGCCGAGGUGCAGGCUGAGUUUUUGCGCACGCGCAGCGCCGGCAAACCCAACUAUAAUCUUUUGGUCAAGGAUGCUUAAGCUGUGUCCAUAUUUAAGGGAGCAAUAAAUAUGUUUGAGCUAAUCU